GGAACAGCUGAGCUGACAAGCAAUCGGAGAUAGACUAAGCAUGGCGGAGGAUAAGCAGGAUCUCAAUCAUAUCCUUCUCAUCAAUACUUUCUACAUCCGUAAUAAAAGACAUAGAAUCACCCUUACCAAAAAUAGCAUCUGUUGGGAACCUGAAUCGGCUCCAGAUUUAUGUACUGUUUUACCUUUGAGUGAAGUAAUUGCAAUCACUCCCUGUGACUGUAAUGGUGAUCAGACUUCUCGAACUAUACAGUGCCAUCAUUGCCGGCAUUCUCGAGAUCAAGUCAGUCCUGCUAUAUCAGAAUUAGUUCCUUUACAAGCUCAAGCUGUACGUUUGUAUUAUGCUAUUAGAGUUGGAAAAUAUAGAUGGUCUUUGACAAGUAUUUUAUUGCGCCCAGUUGAAUUGAAUGUUUUAAGAGAAUUCAUAAGCAAUUUACAAGCUACUUUAAAUGGUAAAGAAGGCCAAUUACUUCAUCUUGCAGGAAUUGUAGCACAUGUUAUUGUGACACAAAGAGCUAAUCAUGCCAAAGAUAUGUUGCAAGAACUUGACCUUAAGCAAUUUGAUGGAAUAAUCUGUGUUGGAGGUGAUGGGAUGUUUAGUGAGCUUUUGAAUGGUCUUAUACUGAGAAUACAAAGAGAAGAGGAUUUAGAUAUUAAUGAUCCAUUUACAUUCUUGAAACGUCCUACAAUACCUCUUGGUGUGAUACCAGCUGGUUCUACUGAUGCAGUAGCUUAUAGUUCUAAUGGAACAAAUGAUCCAGUAACAUCAACAUUAUUAAUAAUUAUGGGUGACCAAAUUAAUGUUGAUAUAAGCAGUCUUCAUCAUGAAGGCACUUUACUAAGAUAUUCCAUAUCAUUUUUGGCAUAUGGCUAUUUUGGUGAUACAUUAUUUGAAAGUGAAAAACACCGAUGGAUGGGUCCAAAACGAUAUAGCUGGUCAGGUUUUAAAAAGGUUUUGCAACAUCAAUCUUAUGAUGGAGAAUUGCAGCUACAAGUUGUUAAUAUGAAUAAUUCACCUUAUUGGCAACACGACAGGUGUCAGGCAGGUUGUUCUGUUUGUGUUAAAGUUAAAGAAAAAUUAAAAAAUUCCAAAUCACAAUUUUUUGAUGAAGAGAAACUUCGAUGGUUGACAGUCAAAGGGAAAUUCAUGUGUGUAAAUGUUGCUACUAUGUCUUGUAAAUGUGGAAUGUCAAGAGAAGGAAUCUCACCUUGUGCUCACAGAGGAGAUGGAUGUGUAGAUGUUGUUGUUGUAUCACGUUGCUCACGUUUUAAUUAUAUACGUUAUCUUUUUCGCACUUCCUUUCACAAUCAAAGCCCUUUUGAUCUCAAUUUUGUGCAACUUUAUCGUGUACGUGAAUUUCGUUUUAGUCCUUAUGUCUCAGAAGGUGAUAGGACACCUGCUGCAACUUGUACAGGAGUACAAGACAGUCAGCGUCGUCUGGUAACUAGUAUGUGGAACUGUGAUGGAGAAGUUAUAACAGAGCCAAUGAUUCAUGUUAGGUAAUUUAUAAAAUUAAAACGUUAAAGUUACCAUUAACAUAAUAUCAAUUAUUCUGAAAAAUUAUUAUAUUAGAUUUAUCUUGUGAUCUUUUGUGAUUCCCCUCAUGGUCAGCACAGAUUGGGAACAUUGUUUCUUGUUUCUUACCCAAGUUGACCUACCCAUAAGAGACAACAUUGACAGGUCACAUAGAUUCUUGAGUUGUUGUUUCACAAUUUAAUUUUAUAAAUUAACAGAAAAAUAAUAUAUUUAAAAAAAUAAUUUUGUGAUUAUAUGAUUUUAUCUACUGUAAAUUCUUUAAAUCUAGAUGAGAGACAAUUUCUUGAA